UGGUAAGUCUGGGAGUGUCUGCAACGCGUUGCGCAGGUGGUGCUCCGCUCCCAUUGCUUCCCAUUUUCGAUCAGCACGGCAGAUUUCCAAAACCCUAUCUUUCCGAUUAAUUGAUUAUUGCGAAUCUUUCGCGGUCAAAAUUCCCCCAAUUUGUAAGAGCUUGGCGGAGCAAGCAGGGAAGCAUAAAUCCCGAGUUUGAUCGGGUGAGAAGAAGAAAAUGUCGGUUCAAGAGUAUCUGGACAAACACUUGCUGUCGCGGAAAAUCGAGGAUGCCGUUAAUGCCGCCGUGAGGUCAAAGACGUCCGAUCCGGUGCUUUUUAUCUCUAAUCACAUGAAAAAGUCGGUGCCCUCGGUUAUCACCAAGGUUAAAGCCCGGCAAAUUCUGGAUAGCAGAGGAAUUCCAAGUAUUGAGGUGGAUUUACACACCAAUAAAGGCGUUUUUCGAGCUUCCGCGCCCAGUGGCGCCUCUUCUGGGAUGUAUGAGGCAAUUGAACUGCGAGAUGGAGAAAAGGGUACAUAUCUUGGCAAUGGAGUGACGAGAGCUGUUAAAAAUGUUAAUGAAAAAAUAUCUGAGGCUUUAAUUGGUAUGGAUCCAACUCUACAAGGCCAAAUAGAUCAAGCUAUGAUAGAUUUGGACAAGACUGAGAAGAAGGGUGAGCUUGGGGUAAAUGCAAUUCUGGCAGUCUCGAUGGCUGCCUGUAAAGCUGGGGCAGCUGAAAAGGAGGUGCCCCUCUACAAGCACAUUGCAGAUCUUGCUGGUAAAACAAGCCAUAGCAUUCCUCUACCAGCUUUUACUCUCAUUUCUGGUGGCAAACAUGCUGGGAACAAUCUUGCAAUUCAGGGAAUUAUGGUUCUUCCUGUUGGUGCGAGAAAAUUUGAGGAGGCCUUGCAAAUGGGAUCAGAGACUUAUCAUCACCUAAAGGCUGUAAUUACAGAAAAGUAUGGUUCACAUGGAUGCAAUGUUGGAGAAGAUGGUGGUUUUGCUCCUAAUCUUUCGAGCUUGAAGGAAGGCUUGGAAUUUGUGAGGGAGGCCAUUGAGAGAACAGGAUACAAUGAGAAAUUAAAGAUAGCAAUUGAUAUCGCUGCUACUGAAUUUUGCAUAGGUACCAAGUAUGAUUUAGACUAUAAAACACCAAACAAAUCAGGUCAAAAUUUUAAAUCAGGAGAGGACUUGAUAGAGAUGUAUAAGGAACUCUGCAAAGCGUACCCUAUUAUAUCAAUUGAAGAUCCAUUUGACAAAGAGGAUUGGGUGCACUCCAAACAUUUCACUAGCCUUGGAAUAUGCCAGGUUGUUGGAGAUGACAUAUUGACAUCGAAUGCUAAACGAAUUGAGAGAGCUGUACAGGAGGCAGCAUGCAAUGCUCUUUCACUGAAGGUCAACCAAGUGGGAACUAUCACUGAGAUCAUUGAAGCAGUCAAGUUGGCCAAGGAUGCCAACUGGGGUGUGGUGAUAUCUCAAAGAUGUGGGGAAAGUGAGGACUCUUUUAUUGCUGACUUAGCUGUGGGUCUUGCUGCUGGUCAAAUUAAGGCAGGAGCACCUUGCCGUGGGGAGAGACUGGCCAAGUACAAUCAGUUACUCAGAAUUGAGGAAGAUCUUGGAGAUCAAUCAGUCUAUGUCGGUGAUGACUGGAGAGACUGAUGUGAGCACUGGCUUGUUAUAUUCGCAAAGAUUUUUGUUCUCCAGUUCUGUAUCAGCUCCAAUACUAGGCAAGUUGCUACUACUGGUACCAAAUGAAUGUAAUUCUAGCCUAUAGUCAAGACUUAGUAAUGCUUGCUUAAAAUGGUUUGUGAUACUUCAUUGUGAAGGUGGUCCAGUUGCAGCCUAAUUUGAGCUGUUGAACAUGAGUCAUUCAAUUUCACAAUUUUUCUGAGUGCUUUGGGAAGGUGUUGGAAUGCUCAAAGAAGGUUCGAUUUCAAAUCUUGUUAUGUUUCUCUCAUCAUCAAUACUCAGAUCUUUGUGAAUUCGACUUCCAAUUGCAUGCCAUGAUGGUUUGGUUUGAGGAGAUAUGCUGUGUGCAUUUUGGACAGGAUUUGAUUGAAGUUGGUUUAUGUACUUUUUACCCAAGAUUUCUCUAUAGAAAUGAAAGCCUCACAUUUUACGUCA